AUGUCCACCGCGGCCUCGUUCUCGACGCCGGGACGGGCCGGGGUAUCCGCGCGGACCCGCUCGCGCGCUCGGAGCGACCGCCGCGCCGUCCGCGCGAGCGGCGUCUCGUCGUCCGAGGGAUACGAGGAGGUUCGGUACGGACUCGGCCGAGGCAGCGUCGCGUAUUACCCAAUCGACGCGUCUUCGUCUUCGUCUUCGUCUUCGUCUUCGUCGUCGUCGAUGCCGCUGCUUCGCGCGGACACGGAACCCACCACGCGGUACAUCGACGGACCACUCGACGCCGCGGCCAUCUGGCUCUUCAACCUCAAGCUGGAGCAGGCGGUGAACGACGGGGCGGACGACGAGGAGCGCAGGCGCAACGCGAAGGGCCUGCCCGCGGGAGGAUUCGAUCGACUCGUCGCCCUCGCCGACCGCAUCGCCUCGAGCGGCCGGACCCCUCCCGAGCAGCGCGCGGUGGUCCUCGCGACGCUUCUCGGCCUCAUCCCGCCCUGGGUCCGGACGCAGUUCAAGCGCCUCAUCGACCCGAGGUGGGCGUGGGUGGACAAGAUGAACGCGCUCAUCACCGUCAACGCCUUCGCGUGGCUCGUCGGGCCGUGCGAGAUUGUCCCGCGCGACGACGACGGAGAGUUGGCGGCGGUCAAGCUUCGCAAGUGCAGGUACCUCGAGCAGUGCGGGUGCACGGCGUCGUGCGCCAACUUUUGCAAGCGGCCCACGGAGGGGUUCUUCCGCGAGGCUUUCGGGGUGGACGCGCACCUCGCGCCCAACCACGAGGACGGGAGCUGCGUGAUGACGUUUGGGAGAAAGCCGCCCGAAUUUAACGACCCGGCGUUUUCGCAGCCGUGCUACUCGUCGUGCGCCAAGGCGGCGGCGUGCGACCCGGCGACCGCGGGUUUACUCUACCCCAAGCCGUGCCACCGACUCGGCGAUCCGUGA